AUGAAUAAUAAUAACGGAAGUAAUCAAAAUACCCACACUGUUUCAAACCUAUCAGCUGGACUUAAGUCGGUAUCGCUUACAGACCAGCAACAGAAUGAAUUGAACCGCAAUUUAUUACAGCAGAUGCAAGAUAGUUCAUCAUCACAAGAACAACAACAACAGCAGCAGACAAGAAUAACACAGUUCUUUCAGAAUCAGCCACAUGAAGGAUACACUUUGUUUUCGCAUAGGUCUGCACCUAACGGAUUCAAAGUGGCUAUAAUUUUGUCGGAAUUGAACUUGCCAUUUAAUACUAUUUUCCUAGACUUCAACAGUGGCGAACAACGUGCUCCUGAAUUUGUCACGAUAAAUCCCAACGCAAGGGUUCCUGCAUUGAUUGACCAUUAUAACGAAAACGUGUCAAUUUGGGAGUCUGGUGCGAUUAUAUUAUAUCUUGUUUCUAAAUACAUGAAGGAGAAUAACGAGUGCAGCUUAUGGAGUGAUAACCUAGUUGAGCAGAGCCAGAUAAAUUCAUGGCUCUUCUUUCAAACAAGCGGGCAUGCGCCAAUGAUUGGACAAGCUUUGCAUUUCAGGUACUUCCAUUCGAGCCCUGUUCCUAGUGCUGUGGAGAGAUACACUGAUGAAGUAAGGCGAGUUUAUGGUGUCGUGGAAAUGGCAUUGGCGGAGAGACGCGAGGCUCUAAUAAUGGAUUUAGACGUGGAAAAUGCAGCUGCAUACAGUGCAGGUACGACACCUUUGUCACAAUCGAGAUAUUUUGACUAUCCUGUUUGGUUAGUGGGAGAUCGAGCUACAGUUGCCGAUUUGUCAUUUGUGCCUUGGAAUAAUGUAGUUGAUAGAAUAGGCAUAAAUCUUAAGGUCGAGUUUCCAGAGGUUUACAAGUGGACAAAGUAUAUGAUGCGGAGACCAGCGGUUAUUAGAGCUUUGCGGGGAGAUUAG